CUCUCAGUCGACUGAUAUCACUCACAUCGUCUGCGGGAUACAUGAGUUCCGCAAUACUCAAUCUUGAUAAGAAAGAUCCCUUCGCGGAUGCUGAAUUAGAUUCGGAACUUGGCGGCCAAGGCCAAGGUUAUGUUCAUAUACGCGUUCAACAGAGAAAUACCCGCAAGACGCUUACUACCAUUCAAGGGCUUGCCGACGACCUUGACCACGGGCGCAUUCUAAAGGCUUGCAAGAAAAUAUUCUGUUGUAAUGGAUGUGUGGUAGAGGACGAGGAACACGGUUUAGUGCUUCAACUUCAAGGUGACCAUCGUCAGGAAUGUGCUGAUUUUCUUGUGUCGGAGGGUAUCGUCAGCAAGGAUUACAUCAAACUACACGGUGCCUAAAUUAUCCGCUGGUUGGACUAAAUAUAUGUUCUGCUGAGCUAGUUGACUACCUAAGCCUAUGAACAUUGUAUUGCUCAACAGAAACCAGUGGGUCUAGCUGUUUUAUACAGAAUAAAACCGCUUUCUGAGUGAAAAAAGAGUGUACGACGCGGCUGAAUAAAAUGAACUUAGAAGCAAUGAA